AUGUCGGAAAAACCCCACCAAGCCAAGUUCACUCAGGCCGAAAUCGAGCUAUUGUGGGCGGUCAUCGAGAAAGUUCCGAAGGAGCAGAUCAACGCGUGCGUGGCUGGUAGCGUGGAGGCCGUGGCUCAAGAUCUAGGAAUCAGAAAGACAGCUGCUGAAAAGCGAUGGUCCCGUCUCGCAAUUAGAGUGCGCAAGGGAAAAGGGGCUGCCGAAAAGGGAGUUGUUGGCGCAGGCAUUGCAGAGGGGACCGAAGCCGAAGCCAGUGGUGAGGAUCAGGAGAUUAUCAAAAAGGACAAUGGUGGAAAGCAUGUUGGUGGCAAGGAUGUCGGUGGAAAGGAUGUCAAGGCACUCCGUGUCACACCCAAGCGUAAUCACAAAUCUCUUGUCAAGAACAAGGUCUCUAAGGACAAGGUUGUCAAGAAGAAGACUGUCACAAAGGACAAGCGUGGCAACAAGCGUGCCAAGGAUGAGGUCACUGCUGAAACCAAAAUCAAGGUAGAAGAAUCCGACGAGGGUUUUGACGAUGAUGAGGCAGCUUUCUGA